ACGUGCUCACACGAUAGGGAGCCCUGCCCCCUACUAGCCCGAUAUGCUGAAACUUUGGGUGCAUAAUCUUAUUCUUAGCGUUUUAUGUUUCUUUCUGAUCAUCAACAAGAAUAAAAAUACCUUCGUUUCUCUUCAAUUGGUGUACAUUUUAACGUAAUCUAAUUCCUAAUAAAGAAUACAGGAGCCAUAGUGUACUUUAAUGCGGACAACGCAUGUUCCCCAAAAAGCACAGAAAACCUUUUUAAUAUUUCUACUCUGAGGAGAGAAUGGACUACUUCGUCGUCGUUAGAUCAAUUUGGUUUUGUCAUUUGGAUGAAAUAUAUUAUAAAGCUUUUCUGUGCUCUCUGUUCUACAAUCUUAAAAUUAAUAGCUACACCUGACACAAUCAUUCGAUGCCCCUGUCUCUCUCUCUUUCUCUCUCUCACACACUCUCUCUCUCUGUGCGUCACGCGUGACACAAACAAAUGUUUUUUUAAAUACAUUAAUAAAGUAAAAUUGUUAAUUGAUCAUUUAGCGUUUACUUGUUAGUUGGAUUGCAAAUAAAACCACUCAAUCAAAUAACGAGUUUUGAAGGACAAAUAUUGGUGGAGUUUUUAUGUUGCUUUUAAAGAAACCAACAUGCUGUCAACAACACACAUAGAGACGAACAAAUAAUUAAAAUCAAUACAUUUUUUUUAUUUUGCUAUAUUUUUAAACAUGUUUUUUUGUCAUUCGUGGCGAUAUGUCAAUUGGAAUGCAUAUAUAAAGAAGAUAUAAUGGAGAAAUACUAUAUCAGAUACAUUUAAAGGGCAUUUCGGGUUCCUGCAAUGGCUGAAGAUGACACCAACUGCACCUGUUCUCCUAAUCUUACAUCCUCUGAUAACUGUUCCAACAUGAAUUGUACAAAGAUGGGUGCCUACUUCACAGAAGACUCCAUUCUUCUUCUGCAUACGCUAUACGUGGCAGUAUUAUGCAGUGGUAUCUUCGGAAACAUGCUGACAUGUACUGUGAUCCUCAUGCGGAGGAGCAUGCGACGGUCUAUACACUUUUACACGUUCAAUCUAGCUCUUUGCGACCUCCUCAUUCUGUUCUUUUAUGUUCCAACACAGAUGGUUUACGUUAAAAAUCAGUUGGAAUGGACCAUGGGGUUGACAAUGUGCAAAGUAGCGUAUGUGGUUUUACCAGUGUCUCUUGUAAGUUCUAUUGGAACGCUUCUAGCUAUCACUAUUGAUCGUGCACGCGGACUGAUUCAGCCAUUCAAAUGGAGAGCAGAUUCUCAAAGAAAUGCCAAACUAAUCAUUCCGACAAUUUGGUUCAUCGCUAUUCUGACCAAUAUUCCUCUUUUUAUUUUCCCUCGUAUGGAAUAUGAUGGCUCCAUAUUGGUGUGCAGUGAAGGAUGGCCCCAACCAGAACACGAGGUUUAUUUUUGGGUCUUUGUGUUUGUUUUGGUCUUCGCGAUACCACUGGUUGUGAUUGUGGUGACGCAUGUGAUCAUGAUAAGCGUUAUGAUGCGUGACUCACGCACAGUUCAUCGCCAACAUAAUAAAAGAAUGAUUCGAAUGGUGAUAGCUCUAGUGUUGGUUUUCUCAAUAUGCACUGGUUUUCAACACGUUUAUUUUUUCCUAGCAACUUUUAGCAACAUCAGUCUCAGCCUUCAAUCAUCAGCCUUACUGUUUGGAAUGUCUAAUUUUGUAGUCUCCUUACAAGCAUCACUGAACCCUAUUAUUUAUGGUACUUUACGGCAAGAUUUCAAAAAGGCGUUUAAGGCCAUCAUUUUGAAACUAAUGGUGGCCAUGAAACUUAGGCGUGACAAAAGUCGUCGUGGGAAAUAUUCAUUAAACUAUUCAUCAAUUCGCACCAAUGACUUUUCUGGAAAUACUGAAGAGACUUUCGAUUGGGUGAAAUCUAACAUGGAUUCACCGUUAACAUCACCCCGACAUAGUUAUAACUUUAACAAUGGGUCGCAUAUAUCCGCCCUGUUGAGGAAAACAAACAUGGCGCCGUCACCAACUUUACGGAAAAAUUUAUUUUUGAAAAACAUACAUGAGCGUGAUAUGAUUACCAGGUAUAAUGCAGCAGACGAUUCAUCAUUCAUAUCAAAUAUUGUUGCAAGGAGAUGUGAAUACACAGAGUAUAUGUGCAAGAGAAUUUCGAAAAUAUUCGAGCAUUUAAAUCAAAGCAAGGAGACGAUUCUUUGAAUUUGAAAGAAGGGAAACCAACUUUGCUCUUUUACCACCACAUGACGUAGAGCAGGAUUUUUUGUGUUACGAAAAAUGAGCAUUCAUAGCAUUAGCCACAAACCGGAUUAGACUUUUUCCCUGUUCACAAGAGCUUGGAGCAUUGAUUUUAUCAUUCAAGCGAUUUAAAUAGAUUUAUUUGUUGUGUUAGAUGUAAAUAGUAAUAUAUAUAUAUAGAUAUAUAAAUAUAAAAUUGUAUAUUAAAAUAAAUUUCUUUAUGCCUCAAAUUAUCGAGUUUUUUGAGU